GUGGAAUCCGUCCGAGGCGUGCUUGUAUUAUUACGUUACAUAUAUGUACUUGUGAAUAAUAAUAAAAUAUAAACAAGUACACGGAGUUCGUGCCGGGAGAUAUUUAGUUGGUCAACCAGUUAGGUCGGGACCUUUAAAGAAGAUCACUAUAAUUUUAAUCUCUUUACAGUGAAUAUAUUCAAUUAAUAUUGAUAGUGUAUUUAUAAAUUUAUUAAUUGUAAGAAAUAUGUAUAGUUCAAAAGCUAAAAUUGUAUUUAUAUUUUUUAUAAUAAAUUCCUGUCAAUAUUUAAUUGCUCUAAAAAAUAACAAUCCCACACCUGUGGUUCUGUGGCAUGGAAUGGGUGACAGUUGCUGCUUUUCAUUUAGUCUUGGAGCAAUAAAAAAUAUUAUUGAAGAAGAAAUACCAGGUAUAUAUGUAAAGUCUGUAAAAAUUGGAAAUAACGUUAUAGAGGACGUUGAGAACAGUUACUUUAAAAAUGUAAACGAACAAAUAGAAGAAGUUUGUGAAGACUUGGCAAAUGAUCCGAGUUUAAAGGACGGAUACAAUGCAAUUGGAUUUUCACAAGGAGGGCAAUUCUUACGAGGUCUAGCUGAAAGAUGUCCAAUUCCACAGAUGAAAAAUCUCAUCUCGCUGGGUGGUCAACAUCAAGGUGUAUACGGGCUUCCUAAUUGCGGAUCUUUGGAGCAUAAAGCCUGCGAUUACUUAAGAAGAAUGCUAAACCAUGGAGCUUACUUGUCUUUCAUACAGAAUCGAUUUGUACAAGCUGAAUACUGGCACGAUCCGCUGCAAGAAGACGAGUACAGGAAGAAUAGUGUCUUUUUGGCAGAUAUCAACAAUGAGCUCGUAGUCAAUGAGACUUAUAGAGAAAAUCUUCAGCGUCUGGAGACUUUGGUACUUGUUAUGUUUGAAAACGAUACAAUGGUACAGCCACGAGAGAGUGAGUGGUUUGGAUUUUAUAAGCCUGGCCAAUCAGUUGAACUACAGACACUUCAAGACUCUGAUCUUUAUAUCGAGGAUCGCUUAGGCUUGCAACAAAUGGACAAAGCUGGUAAAAUUCAUUUUCUAUCAAUACCAACUAACCAUCUGCAAUUCGAUGAAGACUGGCUAAAAAAAGAAAUCAUUCAUAAAUAUCUUGUCUAAAUAAUCAUCCUUAGUCGCUGUAAAUUUUUUUUUAUUUCAAUUUUAUAAAAUAAAAAUAGUUCGACUGAA